GAAAGGAUUGACCGUUUGUGUGCAAAUUAAAGGCAGAAUUAAAAGCGAGCGUCGCCUUUUCAUCGGCCAUCGUUCUUUAAGUCCUGAGUUGCCCGGCCCUUCGCUUCAACUCCAGUCUCCUUCAGGAGCGAGAAUCGCAAGAGAUCGGGAUCGUGAGAGGAGAACAAAGCCUGCUAUGGAGGAGAUCUUCCUUAGCAUCGCAUCGAUGCGGUCUACAGCCGCGCUUCGUUUCUCUUCGGCGGCGUCGCCGGUAGAGGUCACGCCCUCCUGGGUUCCUUCCCCGCCGUUGACUCCUGCACCGGACGAGACGUCCCCCGUAGACGAGGAGAUGAAGGACGCAUUGGAUCAAGUGCAAUGCAUUAUUGGCUACUCAUUCAAUGAUUUGUCUCUUCUCGAGGAGGCCCUAACCCACUCCUCCUACCCCUUUCGCGCUUCUUACCAGCGGCUUGAGUUCGUCGGUGAUGCCGUGCUUAACCUUGCAUUCACUAAUUUCGUCUAUUUAACGAACCCUUCAGUCGGUCCGGGCUCUCUCUCGGUCCUCCGUGCCGCAAAUAUCUCCACGGAAAAACUUGCUCGCGUCGCCAUUCGUCAUGAUUUUUACCGCUAUCUCCGUAGACACUCUCCCAUACUUGAUUCAAUGGUGCAGGAAUUCACUGAAGCAGUUAGCAAAGAAAGAGAGGAGGACUAUACCGGCAUUUCUUACGGGGGGAGCACGGUAAAAGCUCCAAAGGUUUUGGCGGAUAUUGUAGAAGCUAUUGCUGCCGCCAUCUACGUAGAUUGUAGCUUCAAUCUAGUUGCGUUCUGGAAGGUUUUUAGGGGAAUUUUAGAGCCAAUCAUUACUGUGGAAACUCCAAACCAGCAGCCCGUGUCACACAUCUAUGAACUAUGUCAAAAGCAAGGAAUGAGUAUCGAGUUUAAGAAUUGGAAGAAAGAUAAUAUGAACAUAACUAAUGUUUACGUUGAUGGGGAGCUUCUUGGUGUUGGGUCCUCUGAGCAGAAGCCUAUUGCAAAGCUCAAUGCUGCUAGAGAUGCACUGCAGAAGAUGUGCCAUGAUGAGGUUGACCGCAUGGAAAUUAUAAAGUGUUCUUCACAGACCAGUAAAACAUGUGAAGAUGUGGUUAUGUCUAGACAGAUAAAUGGUGGGCUUGUCACGAACAAGGCUAAUGCAAAUGGAGGAGAGGAAGUAGAUGGUUCGAAGCAGAGGCUUCAUGAACUAUGCUCAAAGAAGCGUUGGCAAAAGCCAAUUUAUAGUCUUGAAGAAAAGGAAGGACCGGCUCAUGAUACAAAAUUCUUAUGCUCAGUUAAAGUUUUCUGUAAUAAUGAAGCAUAUUUUGCUUUUGGAGACCUCAAAUCUAGGUUGAGGGAAGCUGAGAAUUCAGCAGCGUACAAAUUACUUUGCCAACUUCCUACAUAUUAACAAUUAGGUCUCAUCCCUUUGAUUCCAGCGCAAGUUUAAACAUUUUAGGCUACAUUUUCUCUAUUAGCAUCUCUUGCCCAUGCCAUUUGGAAUUCUCUCAAUCUGCCAUAUUCCAAUUUGUAAUAGCUUAAUAGAAGCUUUUAUCUUUUUACUGUAUAUAGUCAUUUAUCAUGUUAUCAGUUCUUGAAAUGUGCCAA